AUGGGAGCCGCAACCGCUUUCCCUCUACCCGAAGGUCUCGCCAUGAACGAGAUCGGAGGGAGCAUGAUCAUGCCCGUCAUGACCGAUACGUCGCUAUGCCUCAGCGUCAUCGCCGCGUGGAAAGGAGUCGAGUACCUGAUGGGCCACAGCCCAGCCUUUGCUCACCUCUCGUACGAGACCCAAGCCCUGCAGUCGCUACGGCGAAAACUGCUGGGUCAGGGACAAGCGGCCGUCACCGACGAAGCUAUCCUGUCGGCUGUCCUGCUCUGGGCCACGGCGACCAUGUUCGCCCAGCCCGACGCCCUGAGACGGCACGCGGCCGGUGUUCAAGCACUGGUGGCAGCGCGUGGAGGUCUCAGCACCAUCGGUCGCGCCGGGUCGAUCGGCCAGGCCGCCUCCAUCAGACAAUUGAUUCUCUGGGCCGACUUUCUCACGGCGCAGUUUCUGGGGGAAGACGUGCUCUUUGGCGAGCUUGGACCCACAGGGGCCGACGACGACGCGCCGAUGCCGCCGUCGCUGGCGAAAUUGUCCGUCGUGGCCGCCGUCCCGGCCCCCUUCAACUCCCUCCUCGGGCCAGAAACGGUCAAAGCAGCACGCGACAUGAAACUACUCCUCGUCUCCCAUGACACGGCCACCCGGACUGGCCGGCUCUCUAUCGCCGAAUACAAAUACCUCAUGCAACUGCUGAACAAGAGCACCAUCGAGCGCAUCGGCCUGGCCUAUCGGCUACGUGGUUCGCAUUCCCUGGACGAGGCCGUCGUGCUGGCUAUGAACCUGCUGCGGCUGACGACGCUGUUCCACGCGGGGCCAUUGGUCCCGAUCGUGGUCGCCGUCAUCUCGCGGCUGCGCAAGACCUUGGCCUACAUGACGACACUCGAGUCUAUCGACACUUUACCUCCCAGCGGCGGUGGCGGUAUCACUGAUGAUUCUUAUUCUUCUUCCUCUUCCCAUUCUUCGCCUUUUCCUCCUUUUCCUCCCCCUCCUCCUACUCAGCCAUCUUCUCCCAACUACAUCGACUUGUAUAUCUGGGCCUGCUUCGUCGGGCUGGUCAACACAUUCGAGAGCGAGAAUCGCUCGCAUUUCAUCGAGAUGCUCGGCACCGCCCUGGCCCGCAGGUACACCUACACGUACAGGUACCGCGGUGGGGCCAGGGACGCCAGCUGGCCCGACGACUGGCAGCGGGAUAUUUUGGAGAUGUUACGCUCGUUUCUAUGGUCCGACGCCGUCUUGACGCCUCUGUUCCCGGACGCGUGCUUGAUGAUCGAGUCGUAUCUCUUGUCGCCGACGUCGAGCGGCGGCGUUAGCGGCGGCGUCGUCAUUGAGGGAUGGUCAGUGCCCGAAUCGGACAAAUCCUCCAGAGGAGGCAAGAGUUAA